AUGGAAGAGGAUGCGGAGUUUGCCAAGCGCGCUUACACCACCAUUAACUGUUUGGAGAGUUUCCAGCGGCAUUUUGAAGGGCGGACGAUUGUCAUUGUCCUCGACAAUGUCCCCACCCACAAUCCAACCGAAAGUCGACUCGAGGAGGAGCUUGGAGAGCACAUCGAGCUUGACUUGUUAAGCCUACUACACGAACCACUGGCUGAAGGUCGCAGUGGGUUCAACCACAAACGCGCUUACAAUUGA